CAGUCGCAAAUCAUCGAGUUAAACGUCGGUGGGGAGACGUUCACAACCACCUUGAGCACCCUGAAGAAAUAUCCACGGUCCAAGCUGGCCGAGAUGUUCGCCUCCGACCAGCCGAAGCCCCGGACGGACUCCGAAGGGAGGUACUUCAUAGACCGCCCCGGAACUUAUUUCAAAUAUAUUUUGGAAUACCUGCGCAGCAACCAGGUGCCCACGCAGUGCGUCCGGGAGGUGUACAAGGAAGCCUUGUUUUACGACAUCGAGCCCUUGGUCAAAGAGCUGGAGGACUCCCCGCAGAUCUUUGGCGAGCAGGUGGCUAGGAAGCAGUUCCUCGCCCGGGUGCCCCACUACACGGAGAACAUCGAGCUCAUGAUCCGCAUCGCCCGGGCCGAGGCGAUGGCCUCUCGCCAGUCCAGCAUCGUCGUGUGCGUGGUGAAGACCGAGGAGGACGUCGCCAGGUGCCAAGAUGUCCUCAACAGCCUGGACACGGACAAGAAGUCGGUGGUCAAGUUUGGCCCCUGGAAGGCCUCGCCAAGCAUCUCCGACUUGCUGGACUGCAUCAAGAUGGACGUGGAAGCCAGCGGUUAUAGAGUCGCCUUCCAGGCCUACGCGUGGGAGAAGGGCUUCCGCUUCAAAUCCAGCGAUUACUUCUAUAGAUUUUUGUUCACUUGGUGGUAAAAGAGAGUUCGUUGCUCAGCCUCUUUUUAUAACUGUCUUUCCAUCCGUAUGGG